AUGGCACCGACACCUUGUGCUAUCUGUAAGAGCGCAAGAGCUCUAAUAAUUAGACCAAAGAAUCACCAAAAACUAUGCAAAGCAUGUUUCAUCUCUAUCUUUGAAGCGGAAAUCCAUCAUACUAUCACAUCGACAUCUCUCUUCUCACCGGGCGAUCGAAUAGCAAUAGGAGCAUCAGGAGGAAAGGAUUCAACCGUACUCGCAUCGGUUCUGAAAACCCUCAAUGAAAGAUAUAAUUAUGGCCUUGAACUUGUUCUACUGAGUAUCGACGAAGGAAUAAAAGGCUACCGCGAUGACUCUCUCGAAACAGUCAAGCGAAAUGCGAUACAAUACGAUAUGGCCCUCAAAAUCGUAGGAUACGAUGAAUUAUAUGGAUGGACUAUGGAUCAAGUGGUCGAAACAAUAGGCAAGAAAGGAAACUGUACAUAUUGUGGUGUCUUUCGCAGGCAGGCUUUGGAUCGAGGGGCGAAAAUGCUGGGGAUUAAACAUGUGGUUACGGGACAUAAUGCAGAUGAUGUCGCAGAGACCAUCUUGAUGAAUCUGCUGCGCGGAGAUUUACCUAGGUUGGCACGAAGUACUAGUAUAGUUACCGGCGACGAAUCGAGCGAAGUAAGGAGAAGCAAACCAUUGAAGUAUGCAUAUGAGAAAGAGAUUGUUCUAUAUGCGCAUCAUAAGAAAUUGGAUUAUUUCACCACGGAAUGUUUAUACAGUCCCGAAGCCUUUAGAGGCAGUGCGCGAAGUUUGAUCAAGAAUCUAGAGAGAGUGCGACCGAGUGCGAUUCUAGACGUGGUACGCAGUGGAGAAGACAUGGCCAAGUUAGUCCCCGCAGAAGUCACCGGAAUAAGUCAAUGUAAGAGUCAGAAUGUCUCAUUGGCAGCUACCAACGACGAGGAAGAAGGAAACGGAGGCUGUGGAACUAAUGGUCGAUCAAGCGGAGGCGAAAUGGCGGAUAUGGAAAAGAAGCUGCACGACGACGAAGAAGCCUCAGGGAGAGAAAUCGACGUAUCAUCAAUCACAUCAAAUAUGACCAAUACCAAUGGUCAACGUCACGAUACAAUAGACAAGACCGAGGCUGCUCCAGCCAAGAGGGAUGGUCGCAAACUCACAAAACAAACAUUGGGAACGUGUAAGAAAUGUGGAUACAUGUCGAGUCAAGAGAUGUGCAAAGCAUGCGUCUUGCUCGAGGGAUUAAAUAAGAACCGUCCGAAGAUGCAGAUAGAGAUAGAGGUAGAUGUAGAGGAUGAAGAAGAGAGCUCAACACUUAGAAGGAGAAUGGAGGGGUUGGCUUUGGCGGCUGGAUAG